UGGGAGGAAGAGGGAGAGGGAGAUCGGGACGAGACCAGGGCUCUGUUGCGGAGAGGAGCUGAGACGGAGAAGAGAGAGAGGGGGCGCGGGGGCCGCCGGCUGCGUCUUAGCUACGAUUUUUCCGCUUUCCUCGGGAGAGCGAAGGGGAAAGGGAGGAGGCCGGGGCGGGAGUGUGGGCUGUCACCCUCGGACCCUGGCGUGAGAGGGGCCGUGCGGCCGGACGCCCCCGGGGUGGGCCCCCUGUCGGUGGCCGAAGACCCGGGGUUCAGGCUCUUGGGUCCCGAAUUCCCAGGCUUGGCCUCUCUCCUCAAAUAUCCGGCAUCAGCGCCUCAGAUCCCAGAUAUCCGGGGCUCGGCUCCCAACCUCUGCAGACCUCGGGCUCUCUUUCAUAGGAUUUCAAAUCUCUGGGGUCCAGGCCCCUCGGUGCACCAGUAUCCGGGGUUUACCCCCCAAGGCUUUCAAAUACCGGAUUCGGCCCCCUGCGCUCAAAUAUCCGGGGUUCAGACCCCCCCCCCUCAGAAAUCCGAGAUUCAGCCACUGUCGCCCCCAAGGAGGAGGAGGACUGGACCGCGAGGUCAGAUCAGGUUGUCACCCCCUCCCCUCCAGGGGCGGCUUCCCUGGCCCGCCCCUCAGGAAGGGCGAAAGCUCAAGGAAGAGGUGGCCAGGGGCAGGGUCCCCUCGCCCCUCUCCCUGUCUGGCAGAGCCGCUGGAGGACCCCAGGAGGAAGCGGAGGCGCUGGGGCACCAUAGUGACCCCCUCCAGGCCAGGCCCCACUCUCAGGGCCCCCGGGGGCAACCAUGCCGGCCGGGGGCCGGGCUGGGAGCCUGAAGGACCCUGAUGUGGCUGAGCUCUUCUUCAAGGAUGACCCUGAAAAGCUCUUCUCCGACCUGCGGGAAAUUGGCCAUGGCAGCUUUGGGGCCGUGUACUUUGCCCGGGACGUCCGCAGCAGUGAGGUUGUGGCUAUCAAGAAGAUGUCCUACAGCGGGAAGCAGUCCAAUGAGAAAUGGCAGGACAUCAUCAAGGAGGUGCGGUUCCUGCAGAAGUUGCGGCAUCCCAACACCAUUCAGUAUCGGGGCUGUUACCUGAGGGAGCACACGGCUUGGCUGGUGAUGGAAUAUUGCUUGGGCUCAGCUUCGGACCUCCUUGAAGUGCACAAGAAGCCCCUGCAGGAGGUGGAGAUCGCAGCUGUGACACACGGAGCCCUUCAGGGCCUGGCUUACCUGCACUCGCACAACAUGAUCCACAGGGACGUGAAGGCUGGAAAUAUCCUGCUCUCGGAGCCAGGCCUGGUGAAGUUGGGGGACUUUGGCUCCGCAUCCAUCAUGGCGCCUGCCAACUCCUUUGUGGGCACCCCGUACUGGAUGGCACCAGAAGUGAUCCUGGCUAUGGACGAGGGGCAGUAUGAUGGCAAAGUGGAUGUCUGGUCCCUGGGGAUAACCUGUAUCGAGCUGGCGGAGCGGAAACCACCCCUGUUUAACAUGAACGCGAUGAGUGCCUUAUACCACAUCGCACAGAAUGAGUCCCCCGUGCUCCAGUCAGGACACUGGUCUGAGUACUUCCGGAAUUUUGUCGAUUCUUGUCUCCAGAAAAUCCCUCAAGAUAGGCCAACCUCAGAGGUGCUACUGAAGCAUCGCUUUGUGCUCCGGGAACGGCCGCCCACUGUCAUCAUGGACCUGAUCCAGCGGACCAAGGAUGCUGUGCGCGAGCUGGACAACCUGCAGUACCGCAAGAUGAAGAAGAUCCUGUUCCAGGAGGCCCCCAAUGGCCCCGGGGCUGAGGCUCCAGAGGAGGAGGAGGAGGCAGAGCCCUACAUGCACCGGGCUGGGACACUGACCAGUCUGGAGAGCAGCCACUCCGUGCCCAGCAUGUCUAUCAGCGCCUCCAGCCAGAGCAGCUCGGUCAACAGUCUUGCAGAUGCCUCAGACAACGAGGAGGAGGAGGAAGAAGAAGAAGAGGAGGAAGAGGAGGAAGAGGAAGGCCCUGAGGCCCGGGAGAUGGCCAUGAUGCAGGAGGGCGAGCACACGGUCACCUCCCACAGCUCCAUCAUCCACCGGCUGCCGGGCUCUGACAACCUGUAUGAUGACCCCUACCAGCCAGAGAUGAGCCCAGGCCCUCUCCCACCACCUGCAGCCCCAGCGCCUACCUCCACCACCUCUUCUGCCCGCCGCCGGGCCUACUGCCGCAACCGGGACCACUUUGCCACCAUCCGAACAGCCUCUCUGGUGAGCCGUCAGAUCCAGGAGCAUGAGCAGGACUCAGCCCUCCGGGAGCAGCUGAGCGGCUAUAAGCGGAUGCGGCGGCAGCACCAGAAGCAGCUGUUGGCCCUGGAGUCCCGGCUGCGGGGCGAGCGGGAGGAGCAUGGCGCGCGUCUGCAGCGGGAGCUCGAGGCCCAGAGGGCAGGCUUUGGGGCGGAGGCCGAGAAGCUGUCCCGCCGGCACCAGGCCAUUGGCGAGAAGGAGGCGCGGGCUGCCCAGACGGAGGAGCGCAAGUUCCAGCAGCACAUUCUCGGGCAGCAGAAGAAGGAGCUGGCCGCCCUGCUGGAGGCACAGAAGCGCACCUACAAGCUUCGCAAGGAGCAGCUGAAGGAGGAGCUCCAGGAGAACCCCAGCACCCCGAAGCGGGAAAAGGCCGAGUGGCUGCUACGGCAGAAGGAGCAGCUCCAGCAGUGCCAGGCGGAGGAGGAGGCGGGGUUGCUGCGGCGGCAGCGCCAGUACUUUGAGCUGCAGUGUCGCCAGUACAAACGCAAGAUGCUGCUGGCUCGCCACAGCCUGGACCAAGACCUGCUGCGGGAGGACUUGAACAAGAAGCAGACUCAGAAGGACUUGGAGUGUGCCCUGCUGCUGCGGCAGCACGAGGCCACCCGGGAGCUGGAGCUCCGGCAGCUCCAGGCCGUGCAGCGCACGCGGGCCGAGCUCACGCGCCUGCAGCACCAGACGGAGCUGGGCAACCAGCUGGAGUACAACAAGCGGCGGGAGCAGGAGUUGCGGCAGAAGCACGCGGCCCAGGUCCGCCAGCAGCCCAAGAGCCUCAAAUCUAAGGAGCUGCAGAUCAAGAAGCAGUUCCAGGAGACGUGCAAGAUCCAGACUCGGCAGUACAAGGCUCUGCGGGCGCACUUGCUGGAGACCACGGCUAAAGCUCAGCACAAGAGCCUCCUUAAGCGGCUCAAGGAGGAGCAGACCCGCAAGCUGGCGAUCCUGGCCGAGCAGUAUGACCAGUCCAUCUCGGAGAUGCUCAGCUCACAGGCGCUGCGGCUCGACGAGACCCAGGAGGCAGAGUUCCAGGCCCUCCGGCAGCAGCUUCAGCAGGAGCUGGAGCUGCUCAAUGCUUACCAGAGCAAGAUCAAGAUCCGCACGGAGAGCCAGCACGAGCGGGAGCUGCGGGAGCUGGAGCAGCGGGUGGCUCUCCGGCGGGCGCUGCUAGAGCAGCGGGUGGAAGAGGAGCUGCUGGCCCUGCAGACAGGGCGCUCCGAGCGGAUCCGGAGCUUGCUUGAGCGGCAGGCCCGUGAGAUCGAGGCGUUCGAUGCUGAGAGCAUGAGGCUGGGCUUCUCCAGCAUGGCUCUCGGGGGCAUUCCAGCCGAGGCUGCUGCCCAGGGCUACCCUGCACCACCCCCGGCCCCAGCUUGGCCCUCGAGGCCUGUUCCCCGCUCAGGGGCACACUGGAGCCAUGGCCCUCCUCCACCAGGCAUGCCCCCUCCUGCCUGGCGCCAGCCCACUCUGCUCGCUCCCCCUGGCCCUCCAAACUGGAUGGGGCCCCAAGCGCAGAGUGGGACACCCCGCGGCGGAGCCCUGCUGCUGCUCAGAAACAGUCCCCAGCCCCUCCGGCGGGCUGCCUCAGGGGGCAGCAGCAGCGAGAGCAUGGGCCCUCCUGCUGCUGCCGUGCCAGGGCCCCUGAGCCGCAGCACCAGUGUGGCUUCCCACAUCCUCAACGGCUCCUCACACUUCUACUCUUGAAGUGCAGGGUGGAUGCACGGAGGAGCUGGACUGGGGUGGGUGGAGCCUGAUCCUGGAGGGGCAGUAAGCUUGAGGCCCACCCAAGGGUUGGGGACAGGAUAUCGGCUCCCGUUCCCUUCAAACCUCAUCUCAUGAGCUUCUUGGGGCUGGUCAGUGGCCCAGGGCCAGCGUGGGCACAAGUGCCUCCAGGCUGACCAGGAGCCCCUGCCUCCCCACCAUGGUGCCAGGGUCUCCCUCCAGCAGUCUAGGGAAAGGAGGGAGAUGUGUGUGUCAAAUAUUCAUCUAGUCCCCUGGGGGAGGGGAAGGGUGGGUCUCGAUAUAUUCCGAAAACCAUAUUAAUCCCUGCAGUGGGACUGCGGACUGGGGGUGCCAGGGCCCCCAGACCUGGGGCGGGGAGGACAGAAGGAGGUGGUCUUCUGAGGAGAGGAGCAUCAGGAUGGGAUCUCAGGAGGCAGGUUGCCCGGGUCUCUCCACUCCCGUUUGUCUCAAGUCCUGUGCCGUCUUGUCCUUUUUUUUUUUUUUAAUUGGGGGUCAGGGCUGGGCCAGGGGGACAAGGGAAGGACCUUGGAAGGUGGCUGCUCCCAGGCAUGGGGGCGGCUAGGGGAGCCCCUCUCAGUUUACGGGGCUGGCACAGAACCCCAGUGCAAGCUUUUAAUAAACUGUUGGUUAUUCUAACAGA